AUGAAAAUAAAAUUGAUUCUGAAUUACUUCAUCAUCAUUUGCAUAAGUACAGGAAAAUGUUCAACAGAAGAGUCCCAAAGAGCUCAAUUUACGGUUUGGGUACCCAGAGGUCGCCUAAUUCAACUUCCUUGCAAUGUGGAUAGUAAAAAAUAUGCUGAACUCAAUGGACAUCCUUUUGAAACUAACAUAACGGAUUUAUUGAAACCAAAAAUUCUAAAAAAUCCCGAUUUCAGAAUGACUACAAUAUGGUAUAGUACGGUUGGAAACGUUAUUCAUAUUGGAGAAUUUAUCCCACUACAUCUCCAUUUAUUGGUUCCUGGUGAAAUUGAUUACUCUGAUCCCCGAAAUUCAGAGAAAACCUCUUCACACUCAGGGGUCUCAAAAACAAAUGCACCCAGGUUUAAUAAUAUCUUAAACAUGCUUAAUCAGCAAACAAUGUCAACGAUAACAUGUAAGACAUUCAAAUCACAGGUAGCAGGUUUCUUCGUUACUGCUAAUCUACCAAAGCCUCGACCACUUUCUAUGAAUGAGGAGUUGAUUUAUAACCAGUUCUCUUUGGUUUAUUAUAUUCAACCUGUCAUUAUUUGGACUUAUGUUAUUCCAAAAGGAAAUUCAACCAUAUCAGAAAUUUGGAAGAAAGAAACCUACGCUUUCUGCAAAAACCUUCGAAGUAUUAGUGAAUAUCAGUUAUCACCUUGCUUAAGUGUAUCAAUAAACCAAGUUCCUAUUGAGUACUCAGCAGCCAGCCAGACAAAUCUAACUGUUAUAAUAAGACUCAGUAAUAAUGCUUUGAAUCUACUCUCAAAUCCAGGCAAAAUAAGAACCACUAGCCCAAUUACACUCCCCUUUCUCCAUGCAGUAACUAAAAGUGAAUUGGAUUUUCGCCUCCUAAGGACACUUUACAUUAAUGGCUCCUUUGCAUUGAUCCAUUCUAGUGUUGAAGUUAUCUGUCCAACUGGAACUCAGAUUAAACGUCCCCCGUUUCAGUUGCCGUUUCUAACAACAGAUGAUUAUGUUAUUAAAAAUGGAAGCUCCAAGUCCAUUUUAGAGCAAGAAAGCGCUUAUCAAUUGCUCAACUUGCCACUAACUUGCAAAGCAUGUCCACUAGGUUAUGUACCGAAAUCUCCUUAUGGUUAUGGAGAGUGUCAACCCUGCCCAAGGGGAUAUUUUCGAGGGGAAACGGGCUGGCCAUCCCCUGCUGGAUGUCUAGCCUGCCCUGACGGUUAUACAACCCUUCUAGAAGGUUCAACUUCCCUUAAAGACUGUGUUAUUGAUGGAGGGCUAUUUGCUCGAGUAAUUGUGAAUACUGCAGCUUGGAUAUACCAAAACUGUAUGGAGUUAAUUAUAGCUUCUUACGAGACCUCAAAGACGUAUAAAAGGCGCUCAAGUAUCCAUAUUACCACAGAGGAAGAAAACGAAGAAAAUACCGAGGCGAUGUUCUGGUUUAAUCGAGUUCAUCCAGGAGCUCUGAUAUUUGCAGUUUUAUACUUCCUAGUGAUAAUAUUCUGUUGGAGUUUGUGUUGUUACCGAAUUUGUCUAAUAUUUCGUUACAAACAGAUGCAUUCAAGGCAACGGCACCUGCUAAGGAAGAGUAUUGUCAUUGGGCAGUUGAAUGCACUGGAUGAUGUGAAGGACUUUUUGAGACAGGACUUUUCGCGAGAGGAAGCUAAAUUACCAGCUGGAGCGGGUGAUGCUGGAGGGAAAGCUGAAAAUGUUGUUAAUGCAAAAUAA